ACACACGUUGUUUCCUCGCAACUACUUUCCUCGACGUCGACCUUGUCUCCCUUUAGAAACCUUGGAAACUCCACUUACAAUAAUCACUAUCUCAAUUCUUUUAUCCGCAUUCACUUUCAACUGUUUUCCGUUCAUUUCAGUUCACAGAGUGAGGUUAACAAUAUGUUUACCCGAAUUUUUCGGAAGCCUAAGCAGGAAGAAAGUGCUGUGGCAACGUUAGAUAAGUUGAAUGAGACUCUCGAAAUGCUAUAUAAGAAAGAAAAAGUUCUUAUGAAGAAAGCUGCCGCCGAAGUUGAGAAAGCUAAGGAAUUUACUCGAGCUAAAAAUAAAAGGGCGGCCAUCCAGUGUUUGAAGAGGAAGAGGCUUUAUGAACAACAAAUAGAGCAACUUGGGAAUUUUCAGUUACGUAUACAUGAUCAGAUGAUUAUGCUAGAAGGUGCAAAAGCUACAACAGAAACUGUUGAUGCUUUGAGGACCGGAGCAGCUGCUAUGAAGGCCAUGCAGAAGGCAACAAAUAUUGAUGAUGUUGACAAAACAAUGGACGAGAUCAAUGAGCAAACUGAGAGCAUGAAGCAAAUUCAAGAAGCAUUGUCAACACCCAUGGGUGCAGCAGCUGACUUUGAUGAAGAUGAGUUAGAAGCAGAACUUGAAGAACUGGAAGGGGCUGAAUUAGAUGAACUACUUCUCCAGCCUGGCACAACUGCCCCUGCUGCUCCAGUGCCUAUGCGUGCAGGUAGACAACCAGUAAGGCCAGCUCGUCAGAAUAACACAGCUGAGGAAGAUGAACUUGCUGCAUUGCAGGCAGAAAUGGCAUUAUAAAAUGUUGCAAAGAUGAAGAAUGAGAUUGGCUUAAAGUUAUGAAAAAUGAAUGUACUAUAAAAUGGAGUUCAUUAGCUUCAUUUUCUCGAUGAGCAAUAGCUGGUAAGAAAACAAUGUAGAUAAUAAUAUGAAGACAAUAUGUAUCUUAUCUUGAAUCUGGCUCUUCAUCGAGUGUUCUGGUUCAAAUUAAAUACCCCUAAUGCUUAAAUGGCUUAACUUAAUA